AUGGCAAAGAAGCCGUCCGGCGGUUGUCGUGUAUGCGAAGAAUACAGCACAGAGCUCAUCAUUGCGGUCAAGGAUGAGACUGCCGGAAAAAACAGGUUAUACCAUAUUCUAAUAUCAGAAUCUGCUGCUCUAAUAUGGAGACUUCGCUGUGAAUGGAGAAUUAGCAAACAAGAUGAUGAAACAAAAUGGCAUUCUAAAGUAGAAAUCCAUAACCGCUGGGUAUCCUGCAUCAAUCAACGACUAUCGCUAGACUGCCAAAUAGUAAAGACGCAGAAAAAUGGAAAACAUAAUCUAAACCCUAAAAUAGUACUCCACACAUGGAGCGGGUGUUUAGAAAAUGAAGAGAAGUUGCCUGACAAUUGGAUAAGGCAACCCAGGGUUUUAGUGGGUAUACCAUAUCAUAAACAUGAUGGGAGUCCCACACAAAGUGCAUAA